CGGCGGGAGGGGGCCCGCGGUGGGGGCUCUCCCCAGUGCUUUCCGCCCUUCUCCGGGCUCGUUCGGGCCGCGGCGCUCUUGGCUGACGGCAGCGGCGCGGAGGAGAAGGUGUCCAGGAUGCGGCGCGGGGCGGCCCGGUGCCCCUCCGCCCCGUCACGGCAGCCUCGGCGGCCGCGGAGUUCGGGCCAGGGCCGGGGGCGGCGGCCCGAGCCACGGUAGCAGCGGCGGCGGCGGCGGCGGGAGGGGCGGCCUGAAGGCGGGCGGGCGCCCGGGUGCGGGGGCUCCGCGCCGCUCCGCCCGGCCCGUCACGGCCCCGGCGCCAUGAGCGGCAGCGGCGGUGGCGGAGGGGGCUCGGCGCCCAAUCGCUUCGCCGACUACUUUGUCAUCUGCGGGCUGGACACUGACACCGGGCUGGAGCCGGACGAGCUGUCGGCAUUAUGCCAGUACAUACAGGCUUCUAAAGCCAGGGAUGGUGCCAGCCCUUUCAUUUCAAGUACGACUGAAGGAGAAAAUUUUGAGCAGACGCCAUUAAGACGAACAUUCAAGUCUAAGGUUCUUGCACGAUAUCCUGAGAAUGUAGAAUGGAAUCCCUUUGACCAAGAUGCAGUGGGAAUGCUAUGCAUGCCCAAAGGGCUGGCAUUCAAGACCCAGGCUGAUCCCAGGGAGCCCCAGUUCCAUGCCUUUAUUAUCACAAGGGAGGAUGGCUCUCGGACAUUUGGAUUUGCCCUCACAUUUUACGAAGAGGUGACUAGCAAGCAGAUCUGCAGUGCAAUGCAGACCCUCUACCACAUGCACAAUGCUGAGUAUGACGUCCUGCAUGCUCCCCCUGCUGAUGGCAGAGACCAGAGCGGCAUGGAGGAUGGUGAAGGCACUCCUGUGACUAAACUGCAGCGCUUCAACUCCUACGACAUUAGCCGGGACACUCUCUACGUCUCUAAGUGCAUCUGCCUCAUCACACCCAUGUCCUUCAUGAAGGCGUGCCGGAGUGUGCUGGAGCAACUCCACCAGGCAGUCACCUCACCUCAGCCCCCUCCACUGCCCCUCGAGAGCUACAUAUACAAUGUACUCUACGAGGUGCCACUCCCACCCCCUGGCCGGUCCUUGAAGUUUUCUGGUGUCUAUGGGCCAAUAAUCUGCCAGAGACCAAGUACCAACGAGCUUCCUCUAUUUGACUUUCCUGUCAAAGAGGUUUUUGAACUGCUUGGGGUGGAGAAUGUGUUUCAGCUUUUUACUUGUGCCCUUCUGGAGUUUCAGAUCCUGCUCUACUCACAGCAUUACCAGAGACUGAUGACUGUGGCGGAGACGAUUACAGCUCUCAUGUUUCCUUUCCAGUGGCAGCAUGUCUAUGUCCCUAUUCUCCCAGCUUCUCUCCUGCAUUUCUUAGAUGCUCCUGUUCCCUACCUGAUGGGCUUGCAUUCCAAUGGCCUGGAUGAUCGGUCCAAGCUGGAGCUUCCUCAGGAGGCUAACCUGUGCUUUGUGGACAUUGACAACCACUUCAUUGAGCUGCCAGAGGACUUGCCUCAGUUUCCCAACAAAUUGGAAUUUGUUCAGGAAGUCUCAGAGAUUCUCAUGGCAUUUGGCAUUCCCCCUGAAGGGAACCUUCAUUGUAGUGAGAGUGCCUCCAAGUUGAAGAGGCUUCGGGCUGCUGAGUUUGUCUCCGAUAAAAGGAAUGGGAAUAUCGCUGGCUCCCCUUUGCAUUCCUACGAGCUCCUUAAGGAGAAUGAAACUAUUGCACGGCUGCAGGCUUUGGUCAAGAGGACUGGAGUGAGCCUGGAAAAGCUGGAAGUUCGUGAAGACCCCAGCAGCAAUAAGGAUCUCAAAGUUCAAUGUGAUGAAGAAGAAUUCCGGAUUUACCAGCUAAACAUUCAGAUCCGGGAAGUUUUUGCAAAUCGUUUCACUCAGAUGUUUGCAGAUUAUGAGGUGUUUGUUAUUCAGCCUAGCCAGGAUAAGGAAUCCUGGUUUACCAACAGAGAGCAGAUGCAAAACUUUGAUAAAGCAUCUUUUCUGUCAGAUCAGCCUGAGCCUUACUUGCCCUUCCUCUCAAGAUUCCUGGAGACCCAGAUGUUUGCUUCUUUCAUUGACAACAAGAUCAUGUGUCAUGAUGAUGAUGACAAAGACCCUGUGCUACGAGUGUUUGAUUCCCGAGUAGAUAAGAUCAGAUUGCUAAAUGUUCGGACACCUACUCUCCGCACAUCCAUGUACCAGAAGUGCACUACUGUGGAUGAAGCAGAGAAAGCAAUUGAGCUACGUCUGGCAAAAAUUGACCAUACAGCUGUUCACCCACAUUUACUUGACAUGAAGAUCGGACAAGGAAAGUAUGAACCAGGCUUCUUCCCUAAGCUGCAAUCUGAUGUACUUUCCACCGGGCCAGCCAGUAAUAAGUGGACGAAAAGGAAUGCCCCUGCCCAGUGGAGGCGGAAAGACCGGCAGAAGCAGCACACGGAACACUUGCGUUUGGAUAAUGACCAGAGAGAGAAGUACAUUCAGGAAGCUCGGACUAUGGGUAGCACCAUCCGCCAGCCCAAGCUGUCAAACCUUUCUCCAUCAGUGAUUGCCCAGACCAACUGGAAGUUUGUAGAGGGCCUGCUGAAGGAAUGCCGCAAUAAGACCAAGAGGAUGCUGGUGGAGAAAAUGGGCCGAGAGGCUGUGGAGCUAGGACAUGGGGAGGUGAACAUCACAGGGGUAGAAGAGAACACACUGAUUGCCAGCCUUUGUGACCUCCUGGAAAGGAUCUGGAGUCAUGGGCUACAAGUGAAACAGGGUAAGUCAGCCUUGUGGUCCCACCUAUUACAUUAUCAGGAAAACCGGCAGAGAAAACUCACAUCAGGAAGUUUCACUGCCUCAGGUAUGAUGGUCUCUGCAACAUUGGAGAGAACUACCUCUGCCUACUUUUCCAUCUCCCACUGGAGUGAUCAUCUGAAGCAUAUUAUUUCAGGAAUACUUCUUGAUUCAGAACGGAGGAAGUCUGAUACCAGCUCAGUCAUGCCUCCCCUGAGGAUCUCCCUGAUUCAGGAUAUGAGGCACAUCCAGAACAUUGGGGAAAUCAAGACUGAUGUGGGAAAGGCCAGAGCAUGGGUGCGACUGUCUAUGGAAAAAAAGUUACUGUCCAGACACCUUAAGCAGCUUCUCUCAGACCAUGAGCUCACCAAAAAGUUGUACAAGCGCUAUGCCUUCCUGCGCUGUGAUGAUGAGAAGGAGCAAUUCCUUUAUCACCUCCUGUCUUUCAAUGCUGUGGAUUACUUUUGCUUUACCAAUGUCUUCACAACUAUCUUGAUCCCGUACCACAUUCUGAUUAUACCAAGCAAGAAGCUAGGGGGCUCCAUGUUCACUGCCAACCCAUGGAUCUGUAUAUCAGGAGAAUUGGGUGAGACACAGAUCCUACAGAUUCCCAGGAACAUGCUAGAGAUGACCUUUGAGUGCCAGAACUUGGGGAAGCUCACUACUGUCCAGAUUGGCCACGAUAACUCUGGGCUGUAUGCCAAAUGGCUGGUGGAGUAUGUCAUGGUUAGGAAUGAGAUCACAGGACACACCUAUAGGUUCCCAUGUGGCCGGUGGUUGGGGAAGGGCAUGGAUGAUGGAAGCCUGGAGCGGAUCCUAGUUGGGGAGCUGCUCACGUCCCAGCCCGAGGUGGACGAGAGGCCGUGCCGGACUCCGCCGCUACAACAGUCCCCCAGUGUCAUCCGGAGGCUUGUUACUGUCUCACCCAACAAUAAGCCCAAGCUGAACACUGGGCAGAUCCAGGAAUCCAUUGGGGAGGCAGUGAAUGGCAUUGUGAAGCACUUCCAUAAGCCUGAGAAAGAGCGAGGCAGUCUGACACUGUUGCUUUGUGGAGAAUGUGGUCUUGUCUCCGCCCUGGAACAGGCUUUCCAGCAUGGAUUUAAAUCACCCCGGCUCUUCAAAAAUGUCUUCAUUUGGGAUUUCCUGGAAAAAGCACAAACCUAUUAUGAGACAUUAGAGCAGAAUGAGGUAGUUCCUGAGGAAAACUGGCAUACAAGGGCCCGGAACUUCUGCAGAUUUGUUACUGCAAUCAACAAUACUCCCCGGAACAUUGGCAAGGAUGGCAAGUUUCAGAUGCUGGUGUGCUUGGGAGCCAGAGAUCACCUUCUACACCACUGGAUUGCCCUGCUAGCUGACUGCCCCAUCACUGCACAUAUGUAUGAGGAUGUGGCACUGAUCAAAGACCACACACUUGUUAAUUCCUUGAUCCGAGUGCUGCAGACAUUGCAAGAAUUCAACAUCACCCUGGAGACGUCCCUUGUCAAGGGCAUCGACAUCUGACCUCCUAGCACCAGCCAGCAGCAGGAGACUAAGAAGGACCCUCACCCUGCAUCUCUUCCUACAGGGACUUAAGGAGGUUGUGCAGGAGAUGGAGAGGAUGUGUAUUCAUUGUAAAAAGAAAACUAGAGGAUUUUUGGAAUAAAUAAUCUAUUUUAGAGUUUAUUUGCUGAUUUACUUUUUACACACUUUCAUGUGAAAGAGUGAUAGGGAGAGGGAGCAAGGUUGGUGCCGCUUAUUUUGAAGCUGGUGCCCUCCCUUGCCUUGGCCAUGUGCUGGAAGCCUGCCGCCUCCCCGGACUGAGCCUGCGGCUGUGUAUGGGGCAGUUCUACUUCCUUGCCCUGUCACAUUAAUGAGGCCAUUCCACAUUGUUUUUAAACUAAUAUUUUCUAUAUUAACAUUAUUAUGGAUAUUUGGCUUUCAUGGGCCACACAGGUGUGCUGAGCGGGAAGCCCCCUGCUCCAAUCAAAGGGAUUUUUAGUAGUGCCUCUAAGCACUGAUGAGUCAGUCCACAUCUUUUCUUUUUUGUCAGUAUUAUUUGGAAAGGAGAUGUGCCGGGACAUGUUAUCAUGUUGAAAGUCAUAUUUCCUGUUGGCACACAGUUGCACAGAAGUAAACAUAAGCAUGUUUUAACAGUUUUUUUUUUCUUUUUUCUUUUUUGAUGUCUUAUUUAUUUAACCCUCCAUUGUAUGUUUUAGGUAUUUCUUUUUCUUUUUUUAAGGAAAGGGAAAGCUUGUCACAAUCUAACUGGCUAUGUUAUUGUUAAAUUUAUGUUGUUUUGCAACUUAGAAACCAGCUACAGUAUGGCCCACUUAAUAAAACACCUGAAACAAAA